AUACAUUCAUACCCAACUAGUUUAUAUAUAUUUUUCAAGAAGAAAAUCAAGUCUUUAUUGAUUUUUAGCGUCUUUUUUGUCAUUCUUUCUCGAGCAUGAGUAGCUACAAUAACAACCAUUCUCAAGGAACUUAUCCUCCACCAGAGACUGCGUGUCCAUAUCCACAACAGGCACAAAGUGCCUACGUGGCUCCUCCGCCGCCGGCUGGUUAUCCGAUGGGGGAGUACGAUCACGGAAAUUCCCCCGUUCCGGCCAAAACUCAGACCAGGGGCGACGGUUUCUGGAAAGGCUGUUUUGCUGCUUUGUGUUGCUGCUGUGUGUUGGACGCUUGCUUCUAAGGACUAAUGAAGACUGCUUUACCAAGCUUAGAUUUCUUUUUCUUUUCUUUUCUUUUUUUCAUUUACAUUUUCGGUUUGUUUU